AUGCCUUGUUUUAAGGGCCUUGCAGUCAGCAUUCAUACGCCCAAUGGGCCACUUGCAGAAUACUCAGUUCAGCGCCAUUCUCGUGCUUCUCGAAUUGCCUGCUACAUCCCAGUACCGCCUCCCAAACUUCCCAACUCGGCUACUGGGAAGCCAGAGCAGUCGACAUUCGCCAUAUCAAUCACCCUCCUCACACCGGGUCUGACGGUCCCUUAUUCCACACCAAAAGCCACGCCAGAUAACCCUUACCCCAGACCGAAGAUUGUGGGAGGCCUUCCGGACCAGCCUAGUGCUGGGUCUUCCAUAGGCCCAUAUCAGCCCAUGACAGCCUCGCCGCGAGAAACGGUUGCAGCAUAUAUCUACUUUGAUGGUAGACAGAAGGAAGAAGUGGCCACAUUAUUAAGAAGAGGUGAAGAGACCUGGGUCAAUUCGAGGUGGGUGGGUGUUCCGCUGUCUGAAGGUGGCGGGCUUGCCGAACGAGAAUUCCUGUUUCGUGAAGUCGGCCUGGAACGGUGGCUUAAUGGGUUAGAUCUCGAGGGCAAGGAUGCAGCCGAGAAAAUCGAACGAAGACGCCAGAAAUUGGAGAAGAGGAGGCGGAAACGAGAUCUGCAGCAACGCAGUGAAGAUGCUGCUAAUGCGACUGCGGACGAAGGCAUGGAUCUAGAUGACAAAAAGCCGAAGCUAUUGCGGGAGAAGGGUGUUCUUCGAUAUGGAGCAAAUGAUCAGUCGCCCGUGGAGCAGCUAUCUGACGAUGCGGAUUUGCUAUCCUCAGACUCGGACCUGGAGGAUGACGACCCUAUACCAGAAACGGCCGGUCAGAUCAAAGUAGCCUUGUUCCGGGUCUUAGCUUCGGGAGAAAUCAAGCGUGGAGAGUACUCCCCUCAGUUUGAUGCCCAUGACGAUGAUGAAGAUACGCAUGGUGGCACUGGCGGUGGCCAGGAGUCAAAUGGAAACGGCAAUGCUGCUGAUGUAGAUCAUACCACCAGCUUUGCGAAACCAAAGUCGCUAGACCCGAAGUCCAUCAGCACUCAAACGGUUACUGGAAUUGACCCCACUGACAAGCCGUAUGCUGUCUUUACAUUCAUGUAUAGGGGUGAACGCCAAUUGCAGAAAAUGGGGAUAUUAAAGGAUCCCAAGUCUCAAGACAAGGAACCUCUAAAGUCAGCUCGUCGAAAGUCUACACAGCCUGAUUUUGCGAAUAUCAAGCCCCUGAAACCGGGUGGCACCACCGGUUUUGUCGGCUUUCGAGAUCGUGAAAAGGAACUGAAGACCGGCAAAAGGAAGGGUCCCAAUGGAAGCGAGGUUGACAGUGACGACGAUGAGGAUGACGAGGGUGUCUCUGUUUCCAUUGUUGGUAAGGCAGAGGACGAAGAGGAGAAAGAGGGCAACUCUCUCCUAACCCCAGAUGAUGCCAAGCGGCAGGGUGAGCUUGCAGAAGGUGUUCGGCAGAUAAAGCUCAAACGACAGCACUCUGCCGAGCCUUUGUCCGCCGCGGCCGGUCUCGCAGAUCCCGCGAGAGCCUCGAAAUCAAGCACUCCUGGGUCAAGGCUCUCCCCGCCGGUAACAACCAGACACGACUCCACACCGCCUCAUAGUAGUCUACCGAAGGAGACAAGUAUGAAUCUACUCGAUAAUGACGCCUAUGUUGGCAGCCCGCUCAAGAAGCAGAGGGCAAGCAUAUCUGAGGAUAUUAAUCGACAGGGGGCAGUGACCGGCUUAUCGUCUAAAAUUCACGAGAUCAUGGAUACUACUGCUGCUGCUACACCGGCCACAGCUGCUGGUGAAACCCAAAGCAAUUCGAGCUGCAUGACCAACCACAAUACAGGCACCAACGUCGCUAACGACGGUCUGCGCGGGGGUCUGCUCUCGGAGGGUAUAAUGCAGUCUGAUAUAAAGUCUCCUGGGUUAGAGGAGGAGUUGUAG